AGCUAUCAGGGUCGAAGCAGCUGAUUGGUGGAGAGAGAACAUAAAGCGUCUGAAUGGCUAUGGCAAUGCUCAAACAGGUGAAGACUCGGAUGAAGAGAGAUCUUCGUCUGCUCCACCUGCUACUGUCAGUCUACUUAACUGGCUACUUGUGGCCUGCUCAUCUAGUGAUUUACUGACCUGCUGAGCUACUAACUUGUCUGAACCCUCCUCCCUCCCUUCUUGUACUUGAUCUGAUCCGGGUACUCUCCCUGACCCCCUUCUUCUCCUGCCACACCCCUCCCCAAUCCCAUCCCUAUUUAAACCCCGCCCCCCCACCCCACCCCCUUUCCCACCCCGUCCCUUCCCCUCCCACCCCCACCACCUCCUCACCCCCAUCUGCACCUCCUCUCUGGUGCCCAGGCGCCCCCUGAAAGGACCAGAAUAUGAAGGUUCAGAAGCUAUUUUUCUGGAUCCUCUUACUCGGGUAUCCCGGUUACCCCAACACAAAUCUUGUCCAUAUUUUGGCUGACCAUUUCCCUCUUGGCUCUCGUGUCUUCGGAACUCUGUGGAAGCUUGCCGUUAUUACUGCCACUGUUGCAAUUUGUGCAUGUCUUAUUUACCUCUGGAGAUUUGUCCUUGCUACAGAGCCUCCAGUAUAUCCAGUUAAUUUACAGCAAAAAACUGCAAAGAUCAACACGUUGGAGAAAGAAAGCACAGAGCUGGCUGAAGCAAUAUCCAUGUGGGAACAGAAGAUACAUCUUCAAGAAGCUAAGAGAGAAAGUAACAUUCACUCUGCUGAAGCUCUGAAGUCGAAAUCAGAAGAUGCAAACGGUCAAUUGGAGGAUCCAGAACUGAGAGCCUGGAGGUCCAAGAAAUGUGAACUGGAAGCACGGAAAAAGGCCCAGGAAGACAUUGAUAAUGCUUUGAGUUCUAUUAAAGCAAUCAGGGAAGAAACAGCCAAAAUGCUGAAGGAGAGAGGAGACAUCCUUGAUAAAUUCUAUGAAGAAAGAAAAAUGGCUACAGCAAAGAAUCUGGAUAUGACAAACUGUGAACUAGUGGCAAUGAAGAAUCAGAUGGCAACUGCAGAGGAAAAUCUGAAAAUAGCUACAAGGGACAUACACAAGUGCAAGCAGAAAAUUGAACAAACACGAGAAAAGCUGCAGAAGGCAGAACUCACCUUCACACACCAGGUCGCAGUUUAUGAGCGUAAUGCUGAGGACAACUGGGUCAAGUCUCGGAUCUGGGAGAGGAAAAUGGCGGAGCAGAGCCGAGAGGUCGCCCGCUUGAAACACAGACUGAAUGUGAUGGAAGGAAAGAGGCUGCUUGAGGGAUACAGGAGGCAGAGACCAAUGCCUGGAAGUCCGGAGAUGCAGAACCCUGCGAGGAGAGAGCCUUUAGCCGAAGCUGAUGUCACUCCCAUGAGUCACAACUACAAGCAGUCUGCCAACAAUGCCGAAAAGGACAGGGGCAGUGUGGAUCCGUGGCGACCUCCUCCAUCAACUGGAAGAUUCUGCCCACCCUACUAUAGAGGCCACCCUUUGAUCUGGGCACAUCCACCUCCUGCACCAGGUUCGGGACCAUCCCGAACCCCUCCACCUGCACCACUUGGGCCUUUUGCAGAUCCACAUGUUGCUCCUGUGAGUAACAACAACACUGACUCUACCAAAAGGAUCACAGAGGACAAGGCCAUUAUGUAUGCAAGAGGGCCUGGUCCUUCCCCAGGAUCACCUUGCAGGCUGUCCCCCACGGACCACCCUUCACCACCAGUCACGGGCUGUGGGCCACCUCCGCCUCCUCCACCAGCUCCUCCACGUACUAAAUUUGGUUUGCGUCUCCGAAAGUUCCCUCGCAAUCUCCUGAGGUUUUGCCUGUGUUCCUGCUGUGUCAGCUCUAACACCAGCUCUCGGCGGUCAUCUCAGAGCCUCAGGAGAAUGGGAAGUUUGAAGAGGACCCUGAACUGUGACCAAUAGGCUGUGGUGAUGUGAUAUAUUGAGAAAAGUUGUCUGACAUGCGUAUUUGACUGAAUUCUUUCCCUGACCAUUCCUGUCCCCUCUAUUUUGUUUUUCCUCGUUUCCCUUAAUAAACCCAUCACAGUUCUGUA